AUGGCAAACAAGAAUGCAGCAGCUCGAAUUGAGCAAGUUAGCUCCCAGCUCGUGACUCCAAACUAUACAUCUGCCACAGUUCCAGGCAAAUUGGCUAGCAAAGUGGCCAUCAUCACUGGUUGCAACUCCAACAUUGGUAUCGGACACGCUACAGCCCUCGAAUUCGCACGUCAAGGCGCAAAAGCAAUCUACGUCACGGAUUUCGCUACUGAAAACCUCCAAGCUCUUGCAGACAAGAUUGUAGCUACCUACCCAGAUGUUAAAGCUCACGCGCGAAGAGUGGACGCCGCUGAAGAAUCCCAAGUCUCCGGAAUCGUUGAUGAAGCAUUGGCUGCUUACGGACGUCUAGACAUCUUUUUCGCAAACGCUGGUAUCUCUGGCCCCAAACAUAUGAUUACAGAUACUGCACCUGCCGACUACAUGCAAACCAUGAAAGUAAACUCGUUGGGACCCUUCCUUGGUGUCAAGCAUGGUUCGCGAGGAAUGAAGGUCACGUCUCCUGAAAAGCCUGAAUCGCGUGGUGCUAUUAUCCUUACUGCAUCUGUAGCUGGUAUUCGAUCAGGUGCUGGUGGUGUAGCAUACAGUGCUAGCAAAGCCUCUGUCAUCAAUCUUGCACAAACUUGCGCCUACCAAUUAACGAGGACGAAUAUUCGCGUCAAUGCUCUGUGUCCUGGUUUGACUGAAACCGGAAUGACUGCUCCUACGUUCGAUGCCGCCAGAGCUCGCGGUACCGACAAAAAAAUCGGACAACUCAACCCUCUCGGACGUUACGCUCUUGCUAGUGAGAUGGCUACAGUUGUCGCAUUCAUUGCCAGUGACGAAGCCAGUUACUUCAACGGACAGCCUAUAGCUGUCGACGGUGGACUAUCUGCAUCGCACCCAGUCGUUCCUGGCCGAUUCUCGUAA